GUGUCCAUUAAAUCAUCGACGACACGCCGCCCGCGCCGCCGCCAUGGUGAUGUCUCAGGGCACCUACACGUUCCUCACGUGCUUCGCCGGCUUCUGGCUCAUCUGGGGUCUCAUCGUCCUCCUCUGCUGCUUCUGCAGCUUCCUGCGCCGGCGCCUCAAACGGCGCCAGGAGGAGCGACUGCGCGAGCAGAACCUACGCGCCCUAGAGCUGGAACCUCUAGAGCUCGAGGGCAGCCUAGCCGGGAGUCCCCCAGGCCUGGCGCCGCCGCCGCCGCCCGACCGCGGCAGAAGGGAGAGGGCUGGGGUUGGCGGCUGGCCAAAGCCUCUGCGGGAGGCUGGGGACCGACUCGUGGCCUCACUUCCUCCGACCGCUUCCCAUUCUGCAGCGGAAUCGGACAUGUCUAAACCACCAUGUUACGAAGAAGCGGUGCUGAUGGCCGAGCCGCCGCCGCCCUACAGCGAGGUGCUCACGGACACGCGCGGCCUGUACCGCAAGAUCGUCACACCCUUCCUGAGCCGCCGCGAUAGCGCGGAGAAACAAGAGCAGCCGCCGCCCAGCUACAAGCCGCUCUUUCUGGACCGGGGCUACACCUCGGCGCUGCACCUGCCCAGCGCCCCACGACCGGCGCCGCCCUGCCCUGCCCUCUGUCUGCAGGCCGACCGCAGCCGCCGGGUCUUCCCCAGCUGGACCGACUCGGAGCUCAGCAGCCGCGAGCCCCUGGAGCACGGAGCUUGGCGUCUGCCGGUCUCCAUCCCCUUGUUCGGGAGGACUACAGCCGUAUAGAGGGGCGCCCUGCGUCCUGGGCCCCACCUGCAGACUCUAGCCUGACUGACUGCGGGGCUUUUUAAAUGCUUCCCUUGGACUGCGGGGAAGGGCGGGAGGUGGGAGGGAUUUCUUACCCCGUUUGUUACAUUUUGAGGAUAAUAAAGGUGUGUGACCUGGUUUGGUA